UCCAGGCCGCAGUCCCGCUCUGCUCUUCCCGCCGCCCUUCCUCAGCGCCGCGCCCGGGGCAGGCGCGCGACUGGGCUUUUAUUUGCAAGGCACGGUCCUGGGAACCGCUCCUUGUGCCCAGUGUAAAACUUCUCAGCAGUUUUGUUAAGGAAUAAUAAGUAAUACUUGGAAGGAUGAGAGGUAGAAAUGGCAGACGACUUUUUUUUUAAUAGAAUCUUUUUUUGAAGAGAUUUUUCUAAUGCAGGUUCGUCAGCCACGCCCAGCCCAUCUAACCAUCAUCUCUGAAAAUAAUUGAACAAUUAUGUAUAAUAAUGGUGCUGAUGGCUUGUAUUCUUUUUCAAGUAUGUGGGUGAUAUUUUUAUGAUGCAUUGCCAACAAAUGAUCCACGAAACAUGCUUUAGUUCUUUGUGAAAAAAAGAAAGCUAUCAAGAAUAGUUUGAAUAGUGCCUGCCUUCUUCUCAGCUGUAACUUAGGAUGCAGAGUGAGCAUCUUUUGGAGUACGAGCAUUACUGGACAGAGUUGAGAGGAACUACACUUUUCUUUUAUACCGACAAAAAGAGUACAAUAUAUGUUGACAAAUUAGACAUAAUAGACCUCACAUGCCUUACUGAGCAGAAUUCAACUGAAAAGAAUGGUGCGAAAUUCACCCUUGUUUUGCCGAAAGAGGAAGUACAACUGAAGACAGAGAACACAGAAAGUGGGGAAGAAUGGAGAGGCUUCAUUCUUACAGUAACAGAGCUGUCAGUUCCCCAAAAUGUGUCACUCCUACCUGGGCAAGUAAUUAAACUGCAUGAAGUCCUAGAGAGAGAAAAGAAAAGGAGGAUUGAGACAGAGCAGAGUACAUCUGUGGAAAAAGAGAAGGAACCAACUGAAGAUUAUGUGGAUGUACUGAACCCUAUGCCAGCAUGUUUUUAUACAGUGUCCCGGAAAGAGGCAACUGAGAUGCUCCAGAAGAACCCUUCUUUGGGAAAUAUGAUCCUGAGGCCUGGUAGUGACAGUAGAAACUACUCCAUCACUAUCCGGCAGGAGAUAGACAUUCCAAGAAUCAAGCACUACAAAGUGAUGAGCGUAGGACAAAACUACACUAUUGAACUGGAAAAACCUGUAACACUCCCAAACCUUUUCAGUGUCAUUGAUUAUUUUGUGAAGGAGACUCAAGGAAAUUUAAGACCAUUUAUAUGUUCAACUGAUGAAAACACUGGUCAAGAACCCAAUAUGGAAGGGAGAAAUGAAAAGUUGAAGAAAAAUCCACACAUUGCAUGAAAUACAAUGUGAAAGCUCCUUUGUGUAUCUUGGUAAUUUAUAUUUUCAAAACGAAGUUCUUACUUUUGAAGAGAAUUACCUAUAUUCUCCUGAUCCUGAUUACCAAGUCAUUCACCUGAACACCAGAAUUAGAAUUAAACAUUGUACCAUACAAUUUCAUUAUCUUAUCAGAAUGAAACCAAUUCACAGGGAGACUAGAGACUACGGCUGUGGUGGUAUCCUGCAGAUAUAUACAUUCCCAUGCACUGACAUAAGUUGAAAACACAUAGUACUUUCUAGAUGGAAUUUCUUUAGGCCUCAAUGAAAUACGUUUCCCCUACAUAAUUCCCACAGCAGUUUCUCUAGUUCUAAAUCCUACCAAUUCCCAGAAAACCUAAGUUUUGUUGAAAUCUAAUUUGACCAAUUUAUCAAAUAUGUCAUUUUAAUUACCUAGCUGGAAGUUAGAGACAUGAAAUGUCCUAGAGAAACCCUUUUCCAAUGGAAAUAUUAUAUACCACAUUUUUUGUCAAUGGAAAUAAAUGUAUCCAUUCCCAUGUUUUUCCCUGGUGUCUUUUUGCCACUCAAAAUCAGCCCAUUAUUUCCUUACAAAGAUGGUGAAAGGCUGUAUCAUCAGCUUGUGUCGUAAGUACAAUGAGCCUGAUUAUAAGUACCCAGAGUUCUUAAAAAUAUGGAACCAUCAGCCCCAGACUACAUCUACUGAAUCAAAAAAACAGGGAUAUUUUUUCAUAAUAUUUUUCUUCAAAAGCAAACUUCUAAAUUGAUUUUGAUGGUUAUCAACUUGGGAAUCACACAAUCAACUAAGAAUGAAAAGAUAUGGUCUAUAUUCUACAGAGGAAAGACUAUGUGAGACAGAGGGAGAAAACAGUCAUUGAUAACUCAAGGACAGAGGCCUUGGGGGGAAAAAAAGAUCAACCUGGGCAAAACAUUGAACAUCUGGCUUCUUGACUUGUGAGAAAAUAAAUUUGUGUUCUUUAA